AUGAUGGAGGACGAUGAGGGUUUGGAUGGGCAGCAGGAAGUGAGGGAAGUUGUAAAGGAGCGUCCCGUUAGGCUAACCAGCAUUGUGCGGCAUGACUGCUCCAAGUCCUUCGCUAACGAUGUUCUUGAGAUGGCCAACGUCGUUCUUGACAACUUGCCUGCCGAUCGUAUGUAUAAGGAUGUUGCCACUCUCCUUAAGCGGCAGUUGGACGAAACUCAAAAGGGCACAUGGCACGUCAUCGCAGGGUCGCAUUUCGGUGCGAAUGUGACAAACGACGCAGAAACCAUGGUGAACCUAAAGAUCGACGAUAUGUAUGUUCUUGUGUUUCGUUCUGGCCCUCCAGACCGUCCGCUAAAUGCGAAUGAUGCAAAGGAGUAA